AUGUCACGAAAUUACACGCGCGAUCGUGACUGGGACUCAUAUAGGCGGUAUGAGAAGUCUCGUCCGACAAAACGCAGCCGAACACCUGUACGCGACAAGAGAAGCCGGUCUCCUCAUAGGAAUAAUACGGAUGAAGACGCGCAUGAGGCUUGGGACGGACACCGACAAAAUUUGUCAGUGCCGCCGCCAACGAACUAUCCACAGGAUGCGCCAGGUUUCGGUCAAAACUAUCAACCUUCCUACUCAGGAAUAUAUGAUGAAUUCUCAACGGCCCCUCCCACUGCUAGCAAUGAAAUGGCUUCAUGGAAUCAAAUGUCGCUGCCACCACCGCCAGCACAUCAAGUGUAUACUGUGGAAGAUCAAAUGAAAAAAGAAGCAGCUAUUGAGACCGAAAUGCGCCAUCAAAAGGCAGCAUUGUCUAAACAAAGGGAAGACUACAUUAAGAAAGCUAGUAUUUUGAAAAAGGAACUGGAUACGCUGAAAGAUCAGCGAAAUGAACUACGUGGUGACUCUAAGAGGUCACCUAGUCCAGAUACUAAGCGGUUCCUCAAAGAGAAUACCAAGUUACAGUUGGAGAUACAAAACAAGCUGAAGACUAUAAAUAAUGUGGUGGAUAUGCUCAACGGAAUAAUAGGUGAAGAGGCAACUGGCAUAAAUGAUUCUGAAGACUCACCAGACCGUAGUACUAAUCAAAAGUCCAGGUCUCCACCCAUGAGCAACAAGUUCAACUAUGUAUAUUACGACCCCGAGAUGCACUGGUGUCGGGUUUGCAAUGAGUUUCCACCUACUGCGAAGGACUACUUGAACCAUUUGCAUUCAGCUAGUCACCAUAAAUGUGCUUCAGCACUUAUGGAAGCCCCGUGGCAUUCUGUGACUGGAGUCAACGAAGGAUUUCCGAAUUAUCCGUCGGCUCCUCCGAAAAGAACGCCUAUCAAAGGAUUGCAAUUCUUCGUGCCAUCGACCGCGUGGUACUGCAAGCUGUGUGACCAAUUUAUCGGUGAUUUGCAUUGUGCGUCUGCGCAUCUAAAGUCUGUUAUACACGCUAAGAAUUACACGAACUUCGUAGAUCAGAACCCACAUUGGGAGACAGACUGGAUGUCUGAUCGACAGAAGGCAUUUGAGAAAUCUCGAGGCAUCAAGAAGAGCAAAGAAGACAAACAGUACACGGCCCACACGAUCACCUUCAGCAAGGACGGCUUUCACACCAAAAGCAAGACUCCGCCGAGGGACGAAACAAGGGAGAAAAAGAGAAAGGACAAGCGAAAGAAGAAAAACAAGAAGAGGAGCAGUAGCAGCAGCAGCAGUUCUGACUCCAGUUCGAGUGAUUCGGACAGUGAGCCGGUGAAAAAGAAGAAGAGCAAGAAAGAGAAGGAAAAGCAGAAGACCGAAAGUAGAGAGCCCAGAGUGAAAGAGUGGAUGUCAGCCCUCAACACAGAACGACUGCACGACGCGGACCGAAAGAUCAUCGAGAACAUUAAGACUAGAAUGAAGCUGGAUCAACUGGAAGAAUUAAGUCGUCGUGGCUCCGAGCGAAGUAGGCAGAGGGAGAGAUCGCCUCCAAGAGAGGAAGAGAGGGAAAGACGUCGUUCUCGUUCCCGCGAUGAUCGUAGAGCGAGUGAGUCGCGGCGUCGCGAGGAGAGGAGAGACGAGAGACGCGAAGACAAGCGUAACGACAGAAGAGACGAGAGAAGGGAGUCACCGCCCCCAGACAUCAAGAAGCCGGAGAUUAGGAAGAUGCCAUUUAUAGGAAAAAUGCCCGUAUACAAGCACCUAGGCAAACCGAAGACAGAGGAGGUGAGAAAGGAAGAAGAAAAGAAGAGGGGAGAAGACGAAGCGACGCGGAAGAAACAACACGAGAUGGACCUCGAGAUACAAAAGAAAGUGGCCGAGUUUAAGGAAAAGAUCGCCAAGUCGCAGCUAGAGCGGUCGCAAGUGGAGCAGGCGCAGCAGCAGCAAAUGUUGGCUGGAAUGCUGAACCCAUUCAUCGUGCCGCCCGUGCCGAUGGUCGCGCCGGCGCCCGCUCCCCCCGCCCCCCCGCACUUCCUCCGCCGUGAAGGAACGCAGCCACCAAAUUUGCCCAAGGACUUCCAAGAUGCCUUAGACAUCAUCUUCCCAUCUGACGUGAAGUCAGAGAAGCAGAAGGAGCUGUUCCAGGGCAUGAACCAGCAGAUUCCGGGUUUCGGGAUGGGCAUGGUGCCGCAGUAUCAGCAAAUGGCUAUGAUGGGUCAGCCGCAGAUGAUCAUGCCGUACGACGUGAACUCGUCCUUAUAUCCGAGACCGCAACUCUACGAUUCUCACGUCUCCAUCCCAAAGGUGAACCAGAUUAGUGUGAACAACCAAGAGGGAAAUAGUGUAGAGAUGGAUAAGAAGGAGAGGAAUAGAGAAGAUCUAGACGAUCUAGCUAUGUUGGGGAUAGAUGCGUCUGACGUUGGAGCGUGUAUGUGA